AUGAGCACAAAUCUAGAAGAAAUCAAAGAAGACACUGAACAUGUUUACGAUAGACACAAAGAAUUGAAGGCUCUUGAUGAAUCAAAAGCAGGUGUAAAGGGUCUUGUAGAUGCUGACUUUGGACCUCUAUUUACGAAUCCAACAAGUUCAAUUUCACGUUCAGAGAUUGUUCAGAAAGUAAAGUAUGCAAGUGAGAAAUGGGGGUUCUUUCAAGUUGUCAAUCAUGGGAUUCCAACCACUGUUUUGGAUGAUAUGCUUGAUGGGGUGCUUAGAUUUCAUGAGCAAGAUACUGAAAUGAAGAAAGAGUUUUAUUCUCGUGAUAUCAAAACUAAAAAGGUAAAUUAUAAUACUAAUUUUUUUGAUCUGUAUGUUACUCCAGCUGUUAAUUGGAGGGAUACACUUUCUUGUAUUGUGGCUCCUCAACCUCUUGAUCCUCAAGAACUGCCUACAGUUUGCAGAGAUAUAAUAAUUGAGUACUCUGAGAAUAUUAAGAAAGUGGGAAGGAUUCUAUUUGAAUUGGUUUCAGAAGCAUUAGGCCUCAAUUCAAGUUAUCUGGAGAAUAUUGAUUGUGCAAAAGGACUUUUUCUACUUUGCCAUUACUCUCCACCAUGUCCUGAGCCAGAAUUAACUUUUAGCAGCAGUGCUCAUUCUGAUAGUAGCUUCCUCACAGUUCUUUUACAAGAUCAAAUUGGCGGCCUCCAAGUUUUCCAUGAAAAUCAGUGGGUUGAUGUCACACCGAUUCGUGGUUCUUUGGUAGUUAAUCUUGGUGACAUGAUGCAGUUAAUUACAAACGAUAAGUUACUUAGUGUGAAACACAGAGCUCUAGCACAAAAAAAUGGUCCAAGAGUUUCAGUAGCAUGCUUUUUCAGGCAGCAUCUCUCUCCUGAGAAUUCAAGAGUAUAUGGACCGAUAAGAGAUUUAUUGACGCUAGAAAAUCCUCCAGUUUACAAGGAAACAUCCGUGAAAGACUUAAUUUCACACUACUAUGGAAAAGGGCUAGAUGGUACUUCUGCACUAGAUCACGUGAGGCUCUAA